AUGUCCUAUCCAUACCCUAUCCCUCCCACUCCACGAGUUAUCUCGCCCUCCCCCACCCCUUCCGAGUCCUCCGAGCGCCAGGACUCCUAUUUCGCGCCCGUCACACGCUCGGCCGCCAAAGCCCAGCGCCAACGGUCCCCUCAACCAGAUCCCAUAAAUGAAGAGAAGGAUGGCUCUGGCUCAGACUCGAGCUUGGAGAAACGUGCCAGAGCGCGCUCCAGGAGUCCUGUCUUGACCACCACCACGCGCAUGAAUGGCUCGGCAAACGCCAGCAAGAGGAGACGCAUGAGCGGGCUCACUUCGAUAAAGCCCGUCACUAAAUCAGAGCCUCUCACAAAUGGCACCAUCCCAUACCCACAAUCCAACGGCCACCUUUCACCCUACGACCGAGUCAAGAAAUCCUGGCGAGAGUUCUCCCGCUCACCUUCACCGCUCGGCUUGAUCCCGCUCCACCGCCAUUACCGAACUUUGAUCCACAAGCAUGAAAUUCCCCGAAAGCUCCUCCACGUCUCAAUUGGAUUCUUCACGCUUCGUUUAUACAUGACAGGUGUACAGACCUGGGCUAUAACACCGUGGCUGCUCGGCGCACUCGCCAUAAUCGCCCCGACCGACGUCCUCCGCCACCACUCAGAACGAUUUAAUAGAUUCUACAUCUCUGUCCUGGGCGCUUUGAUGCGUGAGACCGAGGUGGACGGAUACAACGGUGUCAUUUGGUAUCUGGUCGGUGCAUACGUCGCUUUGCGAUUCUUUCCGAAAGAUAUUGGCGUCAUGUCGAUCCUUCUAUUGUCCUGGUGUGAUACUGCCGCCAGCACCUUUGGUCGGUUGUAUGGACGCUAUACUAUUCGCCUCCGGAAGGGCAAGUCCCUGGCAGGCUCCCUUGCCGCGUUUGUUAUUGGAAUCCUUGUGGCUCUCUUCUUCUGGGGCUAUCUGGCUCCGAGAACCGGCCCUUUCGACGACGACCCGAUUGAACCUUACAUGUUCCAAAACCGCCUGACUCUCCCAACUCAGGUAAAGGAGCUUCUUGGCUGGGGCCCAGAUCAGGGCGUCAUUGUCGGUGAGGCUGCACUCGCGGUUAUGAGUAUUUGCACAGGGCUUGUCGCCAGUAUCUCCGAGUUGAUAGAUCUGUGGGGCUGGGAUGACAAUCUGACGAUCCCACUCCUCAGUAGCGCAGGUCUUUGGUUAUUUUUGAGAGCAUUUGGAUAA